UUCCAUUUUAUUGAAGAUAUUUUAAGAUUUCCUUAUAAAUAAAAGACUAAAGACAAUAUUAUUCCAGAGUAGUUUCACCGUGAAACAAAGCAUAUGUUGCAGUUAUGAAUUUAUUAUUCGUAUUUCUGGGAUACAUCUUAGUAACGGUUUAUUUUACUUCAACAGCAAAUGGUUUACAAUGUCUCGAGUGCCAGGAAAUGCCACAUCCCGAGGACUGUCGUGUCAUAACAACAUGUUCGGGUAGCAGUAAAUGUUACGUUGAGCAGGUCGUGUCUAGCGGAGGCUUGGUGCUCUACAGCAUGGGUUGUACAUCUGAAAGUCGUUGCACGAGCAAACGUUCUUUUGGUCAGAAAAGAAUAAGCAAACGUCAAGACACAAUAUCAAGCACAGAUAUAGUGACGUGCAUACAGUGUUGUGACGGCGAGUUUUGCAAUAUAGAAGGUUGUGGUCAGAAAGCUUCAAAACAGCCACAAAGACCACCCUUAUGCUUUACCUGCUCCAACCAGAUCAACCCCAAUAGUUGCCGAGAUGUUACACUGUGUGAUCAGGAACACAUGUGUGCAUUACAACAAACAGUUUCAUUUAGUGUCGAAUGGAAAAGUGAAUGUGUGCCAACACUUCAAUGUCAAACGCUUGCGCAACUAAGUUUAGCUAAUAACAAUGGACCUUGCUAUACGUGUUGCCAGGAAGACUUUUGUAACAACAUCUGCAACCAGCAUGCAAGUACCACUACUACAUCACUUGCCCCAGCGUCAGCCACGACACAUAUAUUAAGCUCGGUGUUAACGUCUACUGAGAAUCCUAUGGUGACUCCAACGAAACGUUCGACAGACAACGCAAUAAGUACUCUAAGUGCAGUAUUGACGUCCAGUACUUCGAAUACAAAUACAACAGGAACUUCUACAACUAUUCCAAAAUCAGUACCGUCGUCCAUCGUAACAUCUUCAGUAAGCGUUCCAGAUAAAAUGACAAAAAUGUCAUCAACUUCCAGAAUGGACACAACCAAACCAAUGACUUCGACAUAUAAGUUAAAUAUUACAACGUCUUAUCCACACUCUACUGACAGUACGAACAUCUGGAAAACAUCAACAGCAAAGUCUGAUAUUUCUUCAUCUCAUGCUGUGGCUACCUCAACAGACUCGCUUACGUCCAUAACAUUUAACAAUGCAAGCGCAACUGUGCUUUUUUAUGACCAGUCGACCCGACAAACCUCUAGUCUACGAACAAUGACAUCAUCUUUUGAAAAAAGUCAUGGAAUGACAGAGGCAACAGAAAUCACUACAUCACCUGUAACAUCAACCGUGUCUGUGCAAACGUCAGGCACUUUAACAAACAAUGUCACACCAUCAUCAAAAACGUCAUUAUCUUAUAGUUCAACACCUGUACAAAAUACAUCAGCCAGCACACGGAAGCCAGUGACGUUACCAAUAGGCUGUAAUAACAGAACGCUUGAUAUAUGUUUCGUAAUCGAUUCAUCUGGAAGUUUGGGACAAAAUGGAUUCGCAAUAGAACUACAGUUUGUCAAAGAAAUGGUACAUACCAUUGCAUCCGAAACCACAGCUGACGCAGAAUUUUGUGUCGUAACAUUCUCAACAAAGGCCCAUGUAUACGUCAAACUUCAACAGUUUAGUACAGUGGAUGAGAUUCUGAAGGCUAUCGAACAAAUACCGUUCAGCAAUGGAGAAACAUACAUAGACCUCGGACUACAAAAGGCAUUACAUACCUUUAACCGCUUCGGACGACAUGGAGCGGAAACAGAAGUCAUUCUUGUAACAGAUGGGAAGUCAACCGACCCUGUGAAGACCUUUCAUGCAGCAAGGCAUUUAAAAUCACAUGGAUCCGAUAUAUACGCAGUUAGUGUAGGUGCACACACGAAUAACAGUGAACUUGCUCAUAUCGUUACUGAUCAGAGUCACCUCAUUGAAGUACAAGACAUAGACCACUUGCAUGGAACACAAACUAACAUUUUGAAGAACCUUUGUAGAAGUACACAUGAAAAUGGUACAGCAAAUAAUACAGUUUUAACGUACAGACCGCCCCCUGUGACACAACAGUCGCUGCAAACAACGCGAGUAUCUAUAGACACUACUAGUGCAAAACAGCCAUAUACAAUUCCACCGAAAGCAGUUAUGUGCGCAGUGUGCUCGGGACCGGACUUCCUCUGUGAGAAACUAUACGAGAUAAAGACAUGCUCUCCUCCGAAUAAUUACUGUGUAAACAAACUUGAAAAUCAUAAGAAUGGAACCAGAAAGGUUACCAGGGGAUGUGCUGAAUUCCAAACAUGUUAUCAGGACUGGUUUUUAGGGAGCUCCGACAGUGAAAAAUGUAGAAAUUUCGACCAGAACAACAUUGUUACUUUAGAAUAUCAAUGUACUUAUUGUUGUAUCCAUGAUAAUUGUAGUGUUCCAAUCAGGCCUGCAGAUGCGUCUUUGUAUAAAGAUUUGUAAUAAAAGUUUAAAUAAAA